AUUUUUAAAGCACGCUACAAAAGAACCAUGGUGUGCAUUCCGUGCAUCGUCAUUCCAGUUCUGCUGUGGGUCUACAAACGGUUCCUGGAGCCAUAUCUUUAUCCCUUCAUCUCUCCAUUCGUGAAGCGCAUUUGGCCCAAGAAAGCAGUGCAGGAAACGGCAAAGCAAGACCAAAAGAACAGCUCUGAAAAUGGGCACGAUCUCGUGAAGCAGGAUUCCUUCAACGAUCAGCCAGAACUUUAUAAAACCAAAAGUAAUGGCAUUGCAAACGGAUUUUCUGGAAUUGGACCCAAAGAAGACUCCGACAAAAAAACAGAUUAGUCACGCUUCUGCUGUGGGAUCAAGGCUGUUAUAGGAAAUGAACUCACAGUGUUGUCCCCACAUGGAUAUUUUACUGAUUGCACAUUUCUCUGAAUGGAAAUUUGGAAUAUGUAUAGACAACCAUCACCCGAAGGAGACUUGGAAUAAUUCUAGCUGUGUCUUUGAAAAUAGUUUUUAAUACAUUGUCUUGCUGUUGUUGAAAAUUGGGGGGGGACUGGAACCCUAACGUGCAGUGCAAUUGAAGAGUGUUAACAGUUUUAGUGUCCAUUUUAUUAAAACCGUAACUGUCAAUUCUGCUACGUGUUUAAAAAAAAAAUUCCUAAAAUCCUUCAUUGAUGAUGACUCCUAGCUUUGUUUGUUUUUUUAAGCAAGAGAUCAUACUUACAGUAGCUAAAAAGAAAGCAGCAUUGUAAAUAUUUGCACACUAAUGAUGAAUGUAUUGAUAAGCUACUAAUUUGCUUUUUCUAAAUUAGCAUCUACAGAGCUGCCCUUUUGCUGAUUCCUCACGAUGGUAUAGAAAACUUUUAAAAAGCAGAUAUUAUACAUGGAGGAGACAAUACCAAUACAAUGCCACAAAGGGAAAAAUGUCCUUUUAAAAAAGUUUUUAAACUUCUAAAGGAGGGGAAAAAAGCUAAAGCUGAUAAACAAACAUAACUCUUUAUGCAAAUUCCUGUAUUUUGGUUGAUAAUGUCUGCCUCCCUAAUUAGAAUAACUCCCAAGACUGCCAUAGCAAAUAAACCUUACUGCUCAUU